AUGGAAGAGACGGCGAUUGUGCGCUUUCUGCUAAACUCGGAUCUCCGGCCUAUCGUAGACAUUCUUGCGGAAUUCAACUCCAAGUUCCCACGCGCUCGUCACUUAACUGUCUUUCCCUGCUCUUACAGGCACGUGCUCUCGCCCUCUGUUCUUCCUCUUCCUUUGAACUUCCCUCACGAUCUGAUGUUGCUCCCGAGUACUGAUCGUAUAAUUGCGUUUGCUAUCAUUUACCAGUGUUAUUCUUCCAAGAAACCAUCUCUAAACCCGUUCAUAUCUGAUAUGAUGAAUGCUGCUUGUAAUGAGCAAGUGGCAAAGCAUGAGAGAGCAUUAAUUCUCCACCUCUUACAAUGGAAUAGCUACAACAAUGCUAAAGAGAAAAAUUGA